GAAAGAAAAUAGGACAUGAGGAAGGAUAUUCUGAAGGAAAGAAAAUAGGACAUGAGGAAGGAUAUUCUGAAGGAAAGAAAAUUGGACAUGAGGAAGGACAUUCUAAAGGAAAGAAAGAUGGACAAGAAGAAGGAUAUGCUGAAGGAAAAAUAGAUGGAUUUAAUGAAGGAAAUAAAAUUGGUUUCCUGGAGGGUUAUCAAGAAGGGGAAAAAAAUGGCUUGGCUAAUGGUUAUGCGCAAGGAAAGAAUGAAGGACAAGAGAGGGGAUUUAAGGAAGGCAAGAAUAAAGGACAUGAAGAAGGAUAUGUUAAGGGUUUAAAAGAAGGAAAAGAGGAAGGAUAUAAACAGGGCAAGUCAGAUGGAUUCAAUGAAGGCUGUACACAGAGUGAGAAAGAUGGAUAUGAAAUGGGAUACACCCAGGGAAAGAAUGAUGGGUUGACGGAGGGUCAUCAUAAGGGAAAGUCUGAAGGUCUACAGGAGGGAUUUAUCAAAGGAAAGGCGGAGGGCUUUACUGAAGGCCAUGCACAGGGGAAGAGAGAUGAACAUGAUGAAGCCUACAAGAAUGGAAAGAAAGAUGGAUUAGAGGAAGGAUACAAAAAAGGAAAAAAAGAAGGAACGGAUGAGGGAUACCAGGAAGGGUUCAGAAAAGGGAGACAAGAUGUGGAGCUACAGAGAGAGGUGGAUGGCAUCAGUUACAAAGAACAAAUACAAGUAAGUAAUUUUUAUCCUAAUUUUUUAGCAUUAUCACACAAUUGAUUUCUUAAACUAAUCCUUCUAAAACAUUUUAAAAAAUUGUUCCUUUUUGUGUAGAUAUCUCAAUACUGCCAUGCUCAGGAGAUUAGAGCAGAGACAGCUCCUUUGUAGUGUUCCUUUUCUGACAUUUUAUGAAUUAUUAUAGCAAGCUUUCAUUAUUUCCCUCGGCUGAUUUUUUUUUUUUUACCGAGUGUAGUAGAAACCCCUGCCAUAUGGUUUUAUCAUUUAUUUCUUCUUGGUCAUCAGCAAAUGCUUGGUCCACUCAUUCAAGAAAAGUCAGCUCUUGAAGGCAGAUUGAGGCAGGAGAAGGAAAAAUUCAAGAGACUCAGCCAAGAGAUAACAGACAAAGAUCAAUUACAGGUAUAAACAAGACACUCAGAGUAGCUCUAGAGAUAACAGACAAAGAUCAAUUACAGGUAUAAACAAGACACUCAGAGUAGCUCUAGAGAUAACUGACAAAGAUCAAUUACAGGUAUAAACAUGACACUCAGAGUAGCUCUAGAGAUAACAGACAAAGAUCAAUUACAGGUAUAAAAAAAGACACUCAGAGUAACAGACAAAGAUCAAUUACAGGUAUAAACAAGACACUCAGAAGGGCUCUAGAGAUAACUGACAAAGAUCAAUUACAGGUAUAAACUAUUAUCUCCUAGAUGUAUAUUGGCAUGUAUUGUUCAUGGUUGCAAGGGAUGAAAGACUAUGGGUUUGCUCGUAUGUUGUGUUCUGUAUUUUAAUGUGGUACAAUAUAGAUUGUUUCAUUUCUCUUUUAAUAUGGUUGACUUUGUAGCGCGCUUGAAACCUGUUUACUGUGAACUCAAAAUUGUGUAUAAAUAAAAUGAUUUCUGUUUUGGAAAGGGUGUGGGGUGGAAACCCUGAUGUAUGUGCCCAGGGGGUGUCCAAAGAACUCUUGCAUGAGGGCAGAAGGAGGUUGAAAUUUGACUUUUGUUUUGUAACAAAGUUUCUUCCAUGGAUCUGUCAACUACAUUUUUUGCUCAUAUCUAAAUUUAACUUUAUGUACUUGAACAAAUAUAUAUGAACUAAGUGUACUAGGUGUAUCCCAUGGUGCCUCAUAGUGCCACAACUGGACAGAAAAAGGACUACUAUACUUAACUGUAAACAACUUAAAAUGAUUUGUUAAAAAAUAUUUUAAUUUAAGGUUUAGUUACAAAGAAUGUCAGUCUCCUUUUAUACAAUAUCUUUAAUCUCAAUUUCAGAUAAAUACACUACUUAAAAUAAUUCUUUAUUUUUAUAUUAAAUUAAUCAUACUUAGUUGUAAGCAGAUUUAUUUGAUCAGAUUUAAAUUCAUUCGAUUUAUGUAAAAUUUAAAAAAACUCAAUUUCUCUGUUUUUAAGAAUCUCAUUUAGAAAUAGGAAUUGUAUUUUGUGCUCCUUCUGAACACAAAACCACGCUCUGUUUAGUGCAGUUUUGGGGAAUUUUAUUUUGGACAUCUAUUGAACACAGCUUUAAAAGAUAACAUUGCCUUAUUCUUAUAUAUGUGUGCCUGUAUGUCAGAAUUUAAUAGGUCAGAAUUACAUAGUGGGUUGUGGCUACCGCAUAGGGGAACAGCAAAAUACUACACACUUUUCAGAAUAUUUUUUUCCACUUUAAUCCAGUGUGACACAGCACAACCAGUAACUCACUUGAAUAAAUACUGUUUGCAGGAGCUAAAUAGCACUUAGAGAUCUACAUUUUAGUUUUAUUUAUUUUAUCAAACCCUUUAAUUAAUUUAAAAUAAUGUAUUCGGGAUUUCAAAGUUAUUUGUUGGAAUUGACUAGACAUAGGGCGCUUGGAAAAAACCUAUUCAGUCAGGGCACAGAGAAUCGAUACAUUUUUGUAACCACCGUCAUAGUCGAACAAAAUAAUUGCAUCACAAAUACAGAGACAUGCAAAGGUGAAAAGUAAACUAAAUAUUAGAGUUAUAAUUGUAGUUUACAGAGCCACUUCAUUGCAAUAAAACAAUCUGAUUUGUCUUGGCCUUGAUAAUCAGAUGAGUGAUCUAAAGCAUAAACUUUACACCAACUGCUAGUUGUACAUUUAAUUAUAUCAGUACCAUUUUGCUAUUUCGAAAUGAAUAAAAAGCCUUUUCUAAUGGGGCCGGCCAUUAUUAAAUAUCCAACGAGCUCACUUUUAAAAGUGCAAAACAUUAUGAUGAUGAUGAGGAUAGUACGGAAAUGUUGUGGGGAUAGCUUUGAAGCCUUUCAAAAAUAUUUAGAAAUUAUGAUUUUCACAGAUGAUUAGGUGACAGAUGGCUUUCUUAUUAGGUGAUAGAUGGCUUUAUUAGGGAUGCAAAUAGGAUAUUUAUAGACUGUCAGAAGUUUCUGUAGCAGAAUUUCUGCAUAAAUGUAAAGAUUUUUCUGUCUUAAACCCUCCCCCUACCCCUAAACUUUUAGACUUGAAAAGGUUAAUGGCAAUAAUCUUGGCUUAGAUAAGCCUAAAAUUUUUAAACUUUACAAGUUGUCAGUACCAUUACUAAAAUAAUUAAAAGGCCACAUGAAGCUAAUAAGCCACCUGUCAUACUCAAAAUACUCUUGAUAUAAUACUCAGGAUAAUGGGAAUUUCUCUGAGGAUACAGAUUUUACAAACUGGCAUUAAAAUAGAUUUAUUUUUUUUUAUUGAGAAAACAAUAGAUUUUUAACAUUUAAUGGGACCAUUUAUGCAUGGACGUUUUUGGGGGGCCAUUACAAAAUAAAUUUUAUUCUCACUCAAAUUUCAAUUGCAUUGAAAUGGCCAGUCCAAACUUGCUACAGAAAUUCCUGCUAUCCUGCCUUAAUGCCUUAUUUAUUCCUAUUUCAAUUUUUGCUCACCUUUGCCUUAGAAUUCUUUCUUUCUUCUCCUUGGAGAAAAGCAUGCCCUAGAAACUAAGAACCAAAAAGCCCAUGAAGCUUUGUUACAAGAGCACACAGCUGAAAAAGCUGCACUCUUGGAGAAGAUCCAACAGCUGGAGACACAGCAGAAGAAUGUACAGUCAGACAAGAAAGCUAUUGAGGAUCACAUUGAAGCUGUCCAGCAGGAGUUGGAACAGGCUCAGAAGGAAAUAAAUGAGGAACUUUUCCAAAGUGUUUCUGUCAGUAAAGUAAGUCUGCCUGUAAUUAACUCAUCAAUUAUCUUUUUAUGAUUAAACUAUAUGUUCUAUUUAAAUCAAUAGGAUUUGAAAAAUAACAAAUACAAGUUAAGAUGAUUCAUUUUUAAAUCUUGAGACUUAUGCACUUGAUUUGUGGUACUACAAUGCUUUCCUUGAGUGACUAAUGAAUGCAAUCUCCAUCAUCAACAGCCAGAAUCUGGCAUAGGCUCCACUGAAGAUCAUGGCAACCUUGCAGAUCAAAUAACCACGCUACACAAGCAGCUAAAAGUAGCAAAGAAAGACCAGAUAGCACUUGGGCUGUUGCAGGUGGGUGAUUUUUCAGUUUUGUUCACUUCUGCUGUUUCUUAACCAUGUGUGCAGAAAUUAUAGCUAAAAGUUCAAAACAGAAAUUCAGUUCUUGUUACAUUUUUUAGAUAAUUUUUUAGUGUUCAAUUUGCACAAAUUUUGCUAAAGUUAUGGCAGUAAAAACUGAAUGGAAACUGGAAAAUGUUAUAUUUUUCAUGGGUUUUUCCAAAAAUGCUUUUUGGCGAUUUAAUCAUUUGUCAAAUAAUGAAUUAAUAGUUAAAUUGCUAUUUGAUUUUUUACCUAUUGUCCAACUUUUUAAAAAGUAUGUCAGUGUAUUGCUUGCUUAACUAUAGGAUGAGUAUAACCUGUUGUUGAAAGAUAAGGCAGACCUGGAAGAUAAUAUUAAAAAAAUCAAGUUGAAAUCUGCACAGGAUGAAAAUAAAAAGAUCACUUCAAAUGUGGUGAGUCAUUAACUUAACUUUACAAAUGUUUGAAUAAAACACAUGUAGAGUGUAUAUUGGCAUUUUGAACAGAGUUUGGUCUUUUUGCUUGAAUGGGGUUCUAUGCUUUUUUUCUCCAAGAGAAUGGAUACUCAUAAUGUUUGUAGUAAUAAUUUUUUCAAAAUAUGCUAUAGUAAUUGUAUCCUAAAUAAACUUAUUGUGAACAAUCAAAGCUCAGAAAUUUUAAUUUUGCUAAAGUUAUGGCAGUAAAAAAGAAAACAUAACAUCAAAACAUUUUAAUUCCUGGAAACACACACAUUAAAAAAACAUAAAAGAAUAAAGCUAGCAGUAUUUAAAUUUCAGUACAUAAUUAGCCAAUUAACUAUUUUUUUAAAAAAACAACUAAAAAAUCUUUUAAAAAUUGUUGUGAAACAGCUAACAAAAUCUUUUUAACAAAAUGCAACAAAGUUUAAAUAUUUAUAGAUGGUUUUAUAAUAACUCUUAAACAAUACAAAUUUCAAAUAUGUUUUCCAUGUGGAAUUUAAUACCUGCUUUUAUUAAAAAAGUGUCUGGGCAAAUUAAUAUUUGGGCUGAACUAAUAAAACAAUUUGGACCUAAACAAUGCCUGAAUACAAUAUUGGAACUACUACAACAACUAGCUGGUGUUCUAAAGAUGCUUUAUUGACUAAAACCUUCAGAAAUUUUGAUGACCCAAAUGGUGGAUCAUUUGUAGUGAAAGUUUCACUAAGAAAAAUUUUAAAAAUUUGCUAAAAUCAAAUUCAAAUGCUGAAGUACAAUUCAAAAUUAACAAUUUCAAGAGUUUUUUGUAAUGUUACAGAACUAUUUUAACAGCACAAAUUGUUUUGAGAAUUUUUCAACAAACAAGUCCACUUUCAAAAUACUUCCAAACAAAAGAAUUUCACAUUGUAAAUAAAAAGACACAAAAUUUCACCGAAAUGGGUUUAGGUUUAGUUAGAUAAAGAUUAAGAGACUUUUCAAGUUAAAACAGUUACCACAUAUGCAUACUAAAAAAUGAAAAAUUAUGCUUUUACAUUUGAAUUUGCAAUGAUCUUCCACAAAGGGUCAUGCAAAAUCUUCUAUUAUUCUAAGAAUGGUUAUAAUGUGGGAAGACAGGAAGAGCGCUCAGGAUCAGAUUAUGGUCAGGAAAGGGAGGGGGAUGGGUUUGAGAACAACAGGUAUAGACCUACUGGUGUGGACCUAGACAUAGGGAGGUGUACAUACCUUCAGGAGGAUGAUAGUUAGUUAUUUUAAAUAACAUCUAACAGAUCCUUAAAUUAUUUUACAAUGACAUGAUUAACAGGCUAUCUCAUAUAUGUUCCUCAUGCAGGCUGAAAUCAAACAACUGAAAGAAGAAAAACUGAAAAUGCAAAAUCUUCUUGAUCAAGCAUCUGACCAAGUGUGUAGUUUUUUAUUUAUGAUCUUUAAAAUACAUGUUAAAUAAAUUUUUGGAGGGAAAAGGCGGUUGGGGUGUUUGCUAUCCAUGUUAGCCUCUUUAGCAGAAAAAGAAAGGAUGAGUUAGCUUUGUUUCCAUUUCUAAUACCAAUUCCUGUAAGAAAGUACUGAAUGGAAUAAAUAGUCUCUCGCAUCAUGUAAAUUUAUAGUAUACAGGCUUUAAAAAUACAAAUUUCAUGAAAAUUUGUUUACUUCCAGCUUAUGAAAGCAAGCUCCUCAAUGGCUCUAGCCCAAGUGAAGUUUGCAAAAGAACUUGAGGAGCUCAAGGAAAACUCUAAGUCAAUGGUAGAAUUAGAAAAUUAUACACAAAUUCAGAUUAGUCUCAUUGAGCAACAAAGACAAGUCUUAACCUUGCAAGAUGCCAUCAAGGAGCGUGAAGCUGUCAUGGAACAGCUCAUUAAAGGUUAGUGCAACUGCAAUUUCACACAGGUGAAACUGUUAAAGGCAAGGAAUUUGUUUUUUGACAUUGUUUGAAAUAAUUUUGAUAAAUUUGUAUUAAUAUCUUGGCUAAUACUAAUGUAUUGAAAAGCUCUAGUGAAGCAAAACUAAUUGAUCAAACAAUGCUGUAUUUCUUUGUAACAGAGGCAGACAAGGAAAAACAGAAUGUAAUUCAUGAAAUGGAAAAUAAGAUUAAGGACAUGCAGGAGAAAUUAGACUUCAGUCAAGAUCUUCUGCUUAAACAAAGAGAUAAAUUCAAAGACAUGGUGGGUAUUAUUUUUAAUUAAAAUGUGAUAUUGAAUAUUUUUUUAUUUUUACAGAAACAAAAUUGAAUUAUUUAUGUACAUUUUUUCAAGGCUUGACGUAACUUUUAAAAGAUUAACAAAAGCUGAUGAAUUUUUCUAUAUUUAUUAGUCCAUCUUUAUUACUGCUGAAUUGGCCUGUGUUGAUGACAUUGAAUUUUUGUUUGGUCUCAACCAUUUCACAUUCUUCAGCAUCUAUAAGGCACAGAGAAUAAAUCUUUAAAAUUUGUAAGAACCACCCCACUUCUGUUACGCAUAAAAGCAGAUAGUGGUUGGCAUAAUUUUUAGAGCAUUUAAAUUGUAACAGAUUUAUAGUGCACUAUAAACUUGAAUUUAACCAAAAUAUCAGGAGCCUGUGCUUUUUGGACUUGUCAAACCACUGAGUGAGAGCACUGAUACUACUUAAAAGAAGAAAGUGAAUGGGUUAAGAUAAUUCCUUAGGCAGUGGCUUUGACCCUUAUAGGGAAGGUGCAGAAUUAACUCAAAUUAAGAUUAAGACAAUUAUUGUGAAACCCAUUAUUACUGAAAAAUGUGCUGAAGUAAUCCAGUGGAUGUGGAUUAUAAAUGUCAAAAUAUAACUAAACAAAUAAUGUGUGUUUUAUUUGUAAAGUAUGUGAAGGCCUUCACUUCUUCCAGUCCAUGUACUGACAGGGAGAUAUGCUCUUGGUUGGCUGAGUUUACCUUCAUGAUCUUUGUCUUGCUUUUUUUUAUAUUGACUCCGAGCUGUGCUGUAAUGGUGGCUACAUCUUUAGUCUUUUCCUGCAUUUCUUGAUGGUUGUGGGACAGAGGUGCAAUGUCAUUUGCAAAGUCUAGGUCAUUCAGUUGUUCCCAGGGUUUCCACUGUAUCCCGUUCCUCUUUUUUCAUUAUCCAGUCAAUGACAAGGAUAAAUAGAAAGGGGGGCAAGAGACAUCCUUGUCUGACUCCUGUUCCCACUUUAAAGGUAUCUUUUAGGCAGGCUUCAUGUACCACCCUGCAUGUCAUUUCUUCUUAAGAACUGAAUGAUCCUGACUAGUUUUCCUGGCACCCCAUAAUGCCAGAGAUGUUUCCACAAGGUUUGGCAGUCCAGGCUAUAAAUGGCCUUUUCGUAGUCUUUAAAAUUUAAGUAUGGGGGAGUUACAUUCGAUGGACUGUUCUACAAUGAUUCGUAGUGUUGCAAUUUGAUCUGUGCAUGAUCUGAUUUGGCAGAAGCUAGCCUUUUGAUAAUGUUGCUGCGUGUCGACUUGGUCCUUCAUUCUAUUCAGAAUAAUUCUGUUCAAGACCUUUCCUGGUACAGACAGCAGUGUAAUUCCUCUGUAGUUUGCACAGUUGCUGAGAUCCCCUUUCUUUGGUAUCUUGACGAGGUAUCUUGACGAGGUAUCUUGACGAGGUAUCUUGACGAGGUAUCCUCCUUUCUCAUCUUUUUGAACGUUCUCUUCUUCCCAUAUCUUUUCAAACAGAGGUUGCAGCAUGUUGACUAUUGUAUCUAUAUCUGCCCUCAUCAUCUCUGUUGUGAUGCUAUCCGGUCCACAUUCUUUCCCUAUUUUGAUCUGCUUAAUAGCAAGGGCUAUUUCUUCCUUAUUUGUAAAUCUUCAUUUGCUGGUUGUAUAUCUGAAGUGUUGGUGGGUGGAGGUCUGUUUAGUUAUUCCUUAAAGUAUUCCUCCCAUCUUUUUUGUUGUUCUUUUCAUUCUGUUAUUGAACUACCUUCCUUGUCUUUAACCAGUAUCUUCCUGAGAGCUUUCUUGUUAUGUCAUAGAGCUCUUUCAUGUUCCCCUUUCUGUCUGCUUCAUCUGCUGCUGACGCUAGACCCUCUAUGUAAGCACUUUUAUACUUUUUGAUGUUGUUCAUCACCCUUCGAUUUACUCCUUUAUAUUUCUCCUGUGCUUUUGUUUUCUCUGCCUUGGUGCGGCUGUUGCUUACUGCAGCCUUUAUUUCUUUCCUAUUUAUUUUUUUGCAAUGCAUUGAGCGAGAGCUAAUCUUUGUGUUUUCAUUCACCGGUCCCAAUACCUCGUUGCACAUGGAUGUUACAGACAUCUUUAUGUUUAGCUAUUUAUCUUCUAUCUAGUCAUCAUCUGUUUUGUCUUGCAGUACCUGGAACUUAUUUCUCAAAGUAACACUAAAUUCCUGUCCUUUCUGCUUGUCUGCUAGAAGUAUUAUGUUGUAUUUUAUUUGUCUAGCAGCUGGCUCUUCCCAGUUUUUCUCAGUUUUACCUUGAGUCUUGACCAAACUAGAUGGUGAUCAGAUGUGACAUUGGCUCCUCUUUUUGCUUAUACAUCUUGUAGAGACCGUCUACACUUUUUGAUAAUACAUAUAUGGUAAAUGUGGUUUUCUGUUCUGAUAUCAGGGAACAAGGAACCAAGUUACCCUGUGGAUAUUCUUAUGCUAGAAUGCGCUGCCCCUAAUAAGGAGCUCAUUUGCCGCGCAGAAGUCUGCCAGUCUUUUGCCAUUUUCAUUUCUCUCUCCUAUACCAUGGAGCCCCAUAAUUUCUUCAUAUUCUGUUUUUAGAUCUCCCAUUAAGAUAUUAAGAUCUCUACCUGGAAAUUUUUCCAGUGUGGCUUGUAGUCCAUUGUAGAAAGCUUCUUUGUCAUCUUCCUUACUAACUUUGGUGGGUGCAUAGCACUGUAUUACAUUCAUAAAUUUUGAAUUUGUGUUUUGAAAGUUGCCAUAAUAAUUCUGGGACCAUGGGCUUCCCAUUCUAUCAAUGCCCCUUGUGACAUCAUGAAGGUGACUCCUUGUGUGUGUGUGGAGCAUUUUCCUUCUCAUGCCCUGAGUAUGUUAGUGUUUCUACUGAGGCCAAAGUUAACUGUCCAGCUUGUGUCCAUCUUAUUUCACAGAUACUGUUUGAGUUUAUAAGUUCUCAUUUCUGCCACCACUUGUGCUGAUUUCCCCGUUUCAUACAUGGUUCUAACAUGCCACAAUCCUAUGCUUAUUGCCUUUGAAAGGAGGGUCCUGGGCUUUGAGGCGUCCAGUAUAACCUGGCUUUGGCCGCAAUGCUUCAUAACUCAUCUUGGGGAGGAGAGCCCUCUCUUAUCGAGGCUGAAAUUAUUAUUUUUUUUCUUCUUGUUAACGCUUCUGCAGCAGUUUUUAUUUUAAUGGGUAAGGUAGCUGGCUUCACGUCAACCCUCCUCCUAGCUGGCUUCACAUCAACCCUCCUCCUAGCUGGCCUCUCACCAACCCUCCUCCUGGCCUCACGCCAACGUUCGUCCUGUUUCACCCAGGCUUGGGACCAGCCAUGAUGGAGUUAUGCCCCGGCCAGGCCCUAAAUAAAUUGUCUCCAAAGACACAAACAGGUCAUAAUCUUUUGCCUGGGCACAGGACACAAAGAACCUAAUCCUCACCUUAACUGCAUCAAGACCAGAUAAAACACCGCUGCAGACAUACAAAUGAGAUGUUAACACACUACCCUGCACUGCAAGGCUUACGCCUUAACUAUACAAAAUAUCAGUCUACACAAACACCCCAUAGACAAACAAAGAACAGAUUGGAAAAGUGUGCAGAAUUUUCACCAUGGCUGAAAGGUACAUGCAGGGCCGGCCCUAACAAUUGCGGGGCCCUAUGCAAAACGGAUUGCGUGGGGCCCAGUCUGGGUAGGGAUAAUAAGUGAAAAUUAAGAAUUUGUAUUAGAAAAAAAUGUGCGGGGCCCACUGAGGCCGCAUAGGUUGCAGUGGCCUAAGGCCAGCCCUGGGUACAUGUCCAAAUGGCAAGUGGUUCUGGAGAAUGAUGAUGAUGAAAUUAAAUCUUACCAAUUUAGUAAAAGUAUCACAUUUUAUAUAAGUUGAAUUUAGAAUGAAGGAAAAAUGUAAAUGUAGAACAAUAUAACUGACUCAGUUUUUCUUUGUUUUUUUUAAAAUUUUGUUCCAGUGUGCAAUUAACAGAAGUAGGAACCUGACGCUGAAAGAACUCUAUGAAGAAAAUGCAGAACUGAUGAAAAAAUUUGCAGAAAGUGAUGAGAAACGAAGAUAUUUUGAAAGAAUGGAGAGGAAACUGAAGGAGAAGUGCGAAACCUAUAAGAAAACUAUGGAAAGUUUGCAUUUAAAAUUAGCACGAUGAUCUUAACAUUCCAAUUAAAUUGCUUUAUACAACUUGCUAAAAAAAAAAAGUCUGUCAUUUCGACAUAAUUACCACUAAGGUAUACUUUCAAUUGACUGGCAAAUCAAUGGUCUACAUCAAUGUAUGAAGUCAUACAAUUUGUUAACAUUGAAGUAUUUUUAAUAAUGUUAAACAAUUCUUUGCAUUUUCACCUUUUCCUUGAUUGAUGAAACAUAAUCUUUUGUUUUUAUAAAAAGUUUUGAGAUAAUAAUUUUUUAAUGUUUACAAUUACUUGUAGUUAGUAUUAUGUCAUCUUUCUAAUGAAGAUCAGUUAUCUGUAAGUUUAUCUAUAAUCUGCACACAAAAAACUUUGCUUUUUUAUGUUUCAAGCCAUUUAUCCCAGGGUCGUACCUCGACUAAAUGCUGCCAGGGGCUAACUUCCAAAAUUUCGCCUUCCCCCACCACUAAAACUGCGCAAUUUUAAACUUCACAAUGUUGAGUAAUUCUGAUUGUAUUUAAAACAUGUUUCAAUCAUGGAUAUCCCUCAGACCAUUGCUGGUGCAGUUGAAAUAAAUAAACAAAAACAUUAGUUUAUUUCAUAAUCAUUAAAUUUUUCAUUUGCAAAAUGUGUGGUUUUCAGGCAUAAUGUAAUGGUAAUGUUAGGAUGCAUUCUAAUAAGCUUGGAACCCAAAACCACUCAUUUUCCACAAGGUUAUGUACUGAAUUUUAACUCAUUUAUUUCCCUUAUAUAAUACCUUCAACGAAUUAGGAAAUAUCACUGUGAAGAAACCCCAAAGUUAACCAAGCACUGGUAUAUUGUAAAAACAUUAAUUAUCAAAUGGUUACAAUAAUGGACAAACCUCUUUAGUUGCCAAGAGUAGUAUAGCCCAAAUCAGUAAACAAUGGAGGACUUCUUGAUGGGAGGUAAACAGUUAAGUGCAGAGCUGACAAAAAUUAUGUUUCUUUUUCACGGAGCUCGCAGAUAAACAGAUAUUUUUAUUUAAAAAUUAGAAUGUUGUGAGGGAUGUAGAGUAUUGCUAAGUUUUCUAAGAAAAUAUUUUUUGAUCUCUCAAUUUUACACUGGAAUUUAAAACUAUAUUCAAAAAUUGUAAAAAUAAUUAAAUGGCACCAAAAUUAGCACCGCCUCAUGCGACCUGGGGCAGCCAAAUCCUCAUUUUCACCCCCCUACAUUCUCCCUGGCUUGUUUCAAAAUCCCAAUAUAUGUGUAGC